UGGCAUCAGUCAGGCCCUUGUGCACAGGUUUCUUUGCACCUCUUUCAGCUGAAGCCCAGGCAAAACUGAAGUUUCUGUUGAAGUGCCACUCAAACACACCAAACAGGUCGACCGUAGAGGCUACUUCAGCUCGGCAACCAUCAUACAUGUCAUCAAUGGAAUCCGUUGCCAUGUCCAGAGUGCUUUCAACAGCAGCAUACUCUUCCUUUGAGGAAAAAUGUGUAGGCUGUGGAUGCAGUGCCAGCAAGAAAGUCCCAGCUCACAGGAUUAACAGAUGCACUAUGCCGCUCUGGAAGAGGAAAGCACGUCAAAGAAAAACUGUAUACGGCUGUGCCAUUGCUUCCGUUGUUCUUUUGGUGGGACUGCUGAUUUUUGCUGUCACAUAUCUGACACUCAUUGUUGGAGAGGAUCAGAGUGACACCGUGCAUGAUGACUGCACAUCCAAAGCUACAGUUGUGACUGAUAAAGCUUUAAUGCAGAGAUGGGAUUUCACUUCAAACUUCAGUCAAGCCUGGAGGGAUGCAGAGCAAAAUGCUAGAGAGCCUGCACACAAGUACAUGGAGAAACAUUAUUCGAUCGCCAUAUACAUGUACACAGAUAUUGUGUUGCAGCCUGUCAAUCAAGACCUAGCAAGAACCCGUAAACAAUUAAAGGAGGCAUUUGAGUCCUGCCCCCUUUAUUAUUCCCUGAGUGAAGCCAUUCAGGUUCUAAAGCACAGUCAGGUGACAUGUCUUAGUACAAGUUACAGAACCGAGACACUUUUAAAUCUCAGCAUGUCUAACAAACAUAUUAGGUUCAACACCUUCAUACUAGGUUCUGAUGAGUGGGAUUUUACAGGGAAUACUUCAUGUUUUGAGGUAUACACGUGUUUUGGUGCUGACAUAACACAUUACUCAGCCUUUAACAACAGCCACCAGGUGCUGAUUCCUCCCUACGAGGUUUUCAAAGUCACUGAUAUCCAAACAGAUACCCAGAGAUGUAAGGUCGUCUACAGACUGAAGAGCAACCUGAACUGUGUUUAUGACAGAGAAAGCAAUAAGUUGCAUUCAAUAUCUUCAUUACCAGUGGAGGGAUUCUGGCUAAUUUUUACGAUCAUUUGUAUUAUUACUGUAUGUCUUCUGAUACCCUUUGUCAUUGUGAAGGUGUUAGAAUACCAAGAGAAAACUUCCAUUCACUGUGCUUCAUCUUUGCACAACAGCACUUACUGUCCUGCCAGAGUUGUCAUUUAAUGGGCAGGGUUUAUUUCUAAAUAAAGAUGCUCCUGUAAGCAGCAGCCAUAUUGCA